AUGGUAGAUUAUCCUGGCGAGAACACUGACAUUCCAAAGACCAUCUCUGGUACUUUGGUAAACCAACCUUUGAAUUAUUUGAUUCCUAAAUCUGCUAUUUCAGAUUUGAUAAAAUCUCAACUUUCCAUUUCAGUUCCUUUGGAAAAAGCUACAUUUGCUAGAAACAAUAAUAAUAUUUUGCUAAAUGAGAUCAAUAUCGACCUAUCUACUGUAGGGCAAGAUUCAAAUGAUCCAAUUAUAUUCAAAAAACCAUCGAAUUGGUCACAAAUGGUAAAUGUGAAAGAGCAGAUCAACAAGGAUGAUCUCACAGAGGGACUAUCUGAAUUUGCUAUUCAACUAUUGAGAAAGAACAGUGGUCUGUUGGAAAAAAUACCCAUACGAAAUGUGGAAGAGAUGAACAAGCUCGUAAAAUCUCAUGCAAGAGAAGAGAUAGAUGAUAUUUAUAGUUCUUUUAAUACUGAAUCUGACGCAUCUCCCAAAAAAUUAAAACUUUCAUCAGAUAUUUCAAUUAAUCAAAAUGAAUUGACACAACAAUACUUUAAAGAAUUAAAAUCAUAUAUUGAUAUAAUAGAAAAUCAAAGAGAAAUGGCCAAAGAUGAAGAAAAUUAUAAUCAUAAUUAUUUUAAAUUACCAAAUGGUACCUACGUUUUAAAUGAAAAUUUCGUGUCUCAAAUAGACAUUCUAAUUACAAAUAUUAGCAAUACUUCAACUGGAAGACACCAAUUGGAAAAGAGUGCUUCAAAAAUUAUAUUAAAUGAAUUAAUUGCAAAUAUAGAAAACAUUAAAGAAGAGUUUCUGGACUUUGGCUCAGAACAUGAAAUACUGUACAAAACCGUUGCAUACACUUCAAUAUUCACUAUAUUUACUCUAUUGCAAAUGCAUUAUGAAGAUUCUCAAUUUCAUCUCGAAAAAUAUAUUUUAGUACCAUUAAACUAUUUGAAAGAAAGAAUAUACAGCAUUAACAACAACGACACCUUAAAUGAAAUAUCAUCAACAGAAUUAUCAAUGCUAUUCAAAACAAUAAAUCAAAUUCCAGAAUAUAUUAAGAGAUAUAAAUUUAUCGGUGAGGAACUAGCAACCGUGUUAAAUUAUGUGUUCUCCGAAUUAGUUAUGAAUUUCGAAGUAAAUCCAUCAAAUAUUAAAGCCCAGCAUUAUUGGGUAGAAAUCAAGGAAGCAAGUGUUAACGUACUAGUCGCAUUAUUUCAGUAUAUUUCAAAUCAAAGAAUAUUUAUUAUAGAAUAUCUAAUAACACAUAUGGAAAAUUUACCACUAAAAAGAACACAAAAGAAGCUCAGAAAAAUUGCAAACAAUGUUUACAUAUCUGAUUUCACAAUAGCUAUAGCUCAAAUGUUAGAAUCUAUACAACAAGGAUCGUUUAACAACCAUGUAAGUGAUCUUAAUAACGAUGUGUAUUUAAAAAUGGUCGAAGAGUAUAAAGAAAAUAUGAAAGAGAUAGCAACAUUGAUAGAUCAUAUUCACAGUAUAAUAAUUGACAAGUUUAAAGAAAACCCUUCCGACGUUCGUCACGUCCUAUCAAACUAUAUUACCGACUUAUUGAUAAUGUUACCAAAUUCUUCAUGGCCAAUUGCAGAAGAGUUACUAAGUUCAAUAAUGAAACGAUUACUACUCAUCUUCGAGCCUAACAGUAACCAUUCAGCUGUCGUAGAAUCAAUGGCUUUACAGUUGUUGAAUUCAAUCGGUACUGAAAUCUUUGCUCUGAAAUGUUCAACUAAAUCUACUGAAACUUACAAUUUGAUUGAAGUUUUUAACUCACCAAAAGAAUUACCAUCGUAUUUAAAAAGAUUUCGUUUAUGCAUAAAUUCUAUUGAUGGUUCUACAAUUGGUAAAUAUGGUAAAAAUUACUUAUUCAAUAAGUUUAUUUUUAUUUUAGUCAGACUAAAUGAAUAUGAAAAUGAAAAUGAAGCUAGUGAUGCUUUGAUAGAAAUCCCAGAGAUGAUCAAAAAUGAACUAAAUAAUAACAUCAUUCUUGGUUCCAAACAAUCAAAAAAACCUGAGUCAGUUAAAGAGGCUUAUUGUUCGAUUUUGCAUUCUUUUGAACUUUUAAACCUGUAUGAUUUAUACUUGAAAUUAGUAGUUUCAUUGUUAAGCAAAGAUAAAAUCAAAUUGAGAUCAACUGCAAUAAGAUGUCUAUCAAGCUUAGCAUCAAAAGACCAGAAUAUUUUAACUAGCCCUGCAGUAAAGGAAACAAUUAUUGAAAGAUUACUAGAUUCUUCAGCAUCUGUGAAAGAUGCUAUCCUUGAUUUAGUAAAUAGAGGGUCAGCUGCUUUAUAUUUUUACAAACAAAUUAAUCAUAAUUAUGAUGAUGAUAGUUUGUUAGUAAGGAAACAUGUGUUAAAAAUCAAUGAAGAAUUAUAUGAUAUUACUAAUGAUAUUGAGAUUAAAAUAUUUGUAGCUUCUAGAAUUCUUUUGAAGUUGGAAGAUGAAGAAGAUGCAAUAAUUGAUAUGGCAAAACAAAUCCUAUUAAAAAAAUGGAUAUUUGCAAUUGUAGAAAGUCAAGAUCAUCAAGAAAGGCAAAGUGAAAUUUGUGACAGUGUUUUACAAGUAAUGGCAGGUGUUGCUACAAAGAAUGAAAAAUGUAACGAGCUAUAUGAUUGGUUCUUGAAUUUUUUUCUUUUAGAGAAGGCUGAACAUUCCAACGUCAUAUCAAAACAAAUAACAGAUAGUCUAAACAAGUUGACAGAUACUUUAGUAAAUUCCAUCGUCGAACUUCAAUCAAUAGAUAUAGAAGAUCCAAAAAUAAAGUCUCAAAAAUGGAAUUAUUUGAAUUUGUUAGCUAAAUUCUCUGAUAGCGUAGUUACAUUUAUUACCAAGGACCACAUUAUUGCUUUAUAUCCAUAUAUGCUCACAAAUUCUCAGUCUACCUUGCAAUACUUUAUUUUAUGUGUUUUCAAAGAUUUAAUGGGAAAACUUGAUAAUUUUAAACCAAAAUUUCUGUAUGAUAUGGAAACUAUACUGUUAAGUAAACUACCAAAAAUGUCAGUUAAGGAAACAGAAGAAGCUAUUCCACUGGGAUGGUACAUAGCAGAGAAACGUAAUGAUUAUUCAAGAAUUUCAAAAGCUUGCACAUCAUGUUUCUCACAUAUUGUUCCAUUUAUUAAUAAAGCUACAACUGAACCGGAAUCUGUAGUUUUAGAGAAUAAAUUACAAAGAUUAAUUUAUCUAGCAACUGGUUUUGCUAGAUUCUGUGAUUCAAAAAUUUUAAGUGAGAAAAUACCAUAUUUAAAAGAAAACGAGUACUUAUUCGAAUAUGUUGCGAAAUGUCUAUUAGUAUUAUCGAAUAAAAAAAUAGAGCAUGUAAUCCGUAGGAUUUCUAUUAAGAAUUUAAUUAAGCUGUGUAGCAGUCACCCUAGAUUAUUCAACUCUAGACAUAUUCUAAAUAUUUUCGAUGAAGAAUUAAAGACAGGCCCAGCUGAUAUCCAGUUAGUGCUAAUAGAGGGAUUAUAUGACUUCUUUAUACAAGAAGAAAAGAAAUCUAUAAGAGAAGUGGGCGUUUCACGAUCUAUAUCUUCUACCUUUCAUUUAAGAUCUAAGGUCAAUAAGACAAAACGAGCUUCUCAUAUUAAUGAUGGUUUAUGUUCAGCUUUGGUGUCAAGAUUCCUAAAGUACAUUUUAAAUAUCUGUUUAUCGUCAGAUACACACCAUUCAAUAGUUGCUUUGAGAUGUAUUCGAGUUAUUUUACAGUUUGGAUAUACUAAUCCUUCGCAUUGUAUUCCUGUCGUAAUUGGUGCAUUGAGUUCAAAGAACCCUCAUUUGCAUAAACUUUCAACAAAAAUACUAAAUGAUCUGGCAGAUAAAUAUGAAACUAUGAUAUUUAAUAAUAUUUCUCAAGGGAUCAACAUAGCUGCUGAUUAUUCAUACCUGACUGAAGAGUCUAACUGUUACAGCAAUGACAAGACUUUACGAGACUUACAAGUCAUUUUAAAAGAUGGUAAAAGUAAUUCUAGUAAGUUCUUCAAAACUGUUAUGAAAAUUUUAAAUAAGCACAUUAGUAACAUCACUCACGCAAAUUUAGAAGAAGAAGAACUGAGGAAAUUUGUUUUCAUUUGUACUAAUAUCUCCAUGCUAGAGUUCCCUACUUUCAACGAAUUGUUGACCUUAAUGAAGUUUAUUUCAGUCUCUGCAGAACAAAUUAGAGAAUUAAUUAUCGAUGAAAUCAAUGACAUUCCUUCAAAGAUGACGUUAGAAGAAGGAUAUAAAAAUGCAAUCAAAACAGAAUACACUUUAAGAAAUUUGAAUUUGCAUUUAAUUAAGAUGUAUGAGUUGAGGAAAGAUAUCUUAUUGUUGGAUGAAUCAGAAGAACAAAGUUUGAAAACAAAAGCUAUAAAUCUUCCUGAAAACAUCGAACUAGUGUCCUAUGCGAGGGAAUGCUUCAAUAUUAUGAACUCAACUACACAAAGAGAAUUUUACAACGAAUAUCUAGCAACCAUAGAAGACGAAGAAUAA